AUGCCACAAUUAGUUCCAUUUUAUUUUAUGAAUCAAUUAACAUAUGGUUUCUUAUUAAUGAUUCUAUUAUUAAUUUUAUUCUCACAAUUCUUUUUACCUAUAAUUUUAAGAUUAUAUGUAUCUAGAUUAUUUAUUUCUAAAUUAUAA